UCGUGCAUCGUGAGCAGAGAGUGUUUUUAGCCGCUGGUCCGCGCUUCAAUGAUCAGCUUGUGAAGGAGUUCAGAGGAGUUCAGAGUCUAGAGGAGUCUAGAGGAGUCCAGAGCAGCCAUGAGGCGGACUAAAGCGGACGUGGAGCGCUAUAUCUCCUCCGUCCAGAGCGCCUCUCCCUCGCAGAAAGCGAGGCCAGUCAAAGGAUUUCUGUUUGCUAAACUCUACUUUGAGGCUAAGGAGUAUGAGCUGGCUAAAAGACAUGUUUCGGAGUAUCUGACCGUCCAGUCGAAGGAUCCUAAAGCGCACAAGUUCCUCGGGCAGCUGUUUGAGCGAAACGGCGAAACAGACAAAGCUGUGGGAUGUUACAAGCGCUCGGUGGAUCUGAAUCCGGCUCAGCACGAUAUGGUCCUGAAGGUGGCCGAGCUGCUGUGCAGUAAACCCGAGCACGACAGCAGAGCCGAGUUCUGGGUGGAGAAAGCGGCCAGGCUUCUGCCGGGACACCCGGCUGUCUUCAAUCUGAGGGAGAAGCUUCUGAGCUCUCAGAGCGGCUCGAACCAGCUGUACGAGCUGCUGCAUUCGGAGCUCAAGCUGCGGCCCGCAGACACCUACAUCAACCAGAAGCUGGUGCAGCUCUACAGCGCCGAGGGCCGGCUCCAGGACGCCGUCAAACACUGCCUCGCCGUGGAGAGAGCCGGCGUCCUGAGACACUGUCUGGAGUGGUAUCAGCUGUUAGUCAGCACCCUGCAGCGCUGGCGUCGCUCACGGUCGUUGCUGUCUUUGUUGCGGUGCAGUUUUGACUGUGCGAUGCAGGCUCUGAAGAACACAGCCACAAACACUGCGGAUGAGCUGGCGGAGGUGUUCACUGAGAUGAGGGCGCACCUGUACCUGUACUCCGGGACACUGCUGCUGAAGAGUGCACAGGAUGGGGCGCUGCAGUGGAGGGCCGUGCUGGAUCUGGCCGCUCUAUGUUAUCUCGUAUCCUAUCAGGCUCUGAGACCCAAAGCCAGGAGCUUCAAGAGUGAGCAGGCGUCCCAUGAGCCUCUGGAGCUGCUGGCCUGUGAUCGUCAGAGUCAGGCGGGUCACAUGCUGCUGAACCUGAGCCGGGACGUGGAGCAGCUGCUGAAGGACGUGGUGGAGGCCUUCGGGAACCGGAGCGGCACGGGCCGUCUGUUUGACCAGCUAUUCAGCGCACAGACGCAGGAGCAGCUCUCCUUCAUCUGCAACGAUGACAUCCACGUCCUCAGCAUACAUGUGCCCAAAGCCGUGGAUCUGGCCAAGUGUGAUGGUGGAGCGGUGCUGCUGCACGCGGGUGAUCUGCAGCAGCUGGCGUGGCUCGGUCUGCAGUGGGCGCUCAUGGGUCAAAGCGUGAGUCUGCAGGACUGGCUGAAGCAGCUCUUCCCUCGCCUCACGCUCGAGACCUCCAAACUGGACACCAACGCGCCGGAAUCCAUCUGCCUGCUGGACCUCGAGGUGUUCGUGUGCGGCGUGGUGUUCUGCAGUCAGGCGCAGCUGCAGGAGCGGGGGAAGAUGGCCUGCUCUCAGCCGCACGAGCCGCGCUGUCUGCCGCUGCACAUCAUGAAGCUGCUGUCAUCUGACGGACAGAGAGAGUGGUGGGAUGCUGUCUACAGCCUGAUUCACAAGAGAGCGCAGCCCGGGACGUCUGCUAAACUGCGUCUGCUCGUGCAGCACGGUCUGGGCACGCUGCGUGCCGGAGAGAAACAGGGCGUGCAGCCGGCGCUGCUCAUACACUGGGCUAAACAUCUGACUGACGCGACUGAGCGGGUGAACUCUUACUACGAUCAGAAGGAGUAUGCUAGCCGCAGUGUGCACUACUGGAGGGUUGUGCUCCCCCUGCUGGAGAAGGUCCGACACAAACGCAGCAUCCCUGAACCCCUUCAGCCCAUGUUCAUGCACUUUCAGAGCAGAGACAUACAGCCUUCUCAGGUGCAAGUGUAUGAGGAAGAUGCAGUCAUAAGCUUCGCCACACUCCUUGACAUUGAGGGCAACACUGAGGAGGCCAUCGCAAAGCUGGAGCAGCUCAACAGCAUCUCGUCUAACUGGCAUCUGGCGAAGAUCUAUCAGAGGCUGUCAGAGGAGGCAGGGAACGGGCUUGAGGAAACUCAGGGCAAGUGCACCAGCUUCCUCCUGAAGUUCAGGAAAUACUUGGCCAAGAUUUAUCAGGCCAAUGCAGAGGAUUUGGAGAAGAUGUGGCCAUUGAGAAUGUGCGUUCAGAGGGAGAGGAUCACACUUUCCGCGGGAAAUUCCCGCAAAUAUUUCAAUACUGAGCGGGUGAACUCUUACUACGAUCAGAAGGAGUAUGCUAGCCGCAGUGUGCACUACUGGAGGGUUGUGCUCCCCCUGCUGGAGAAGGUCCGACACAAACGCAGCAUCCCUGAACCCCUUCAGCCCAUGUUCAUGCACUUUCAGAGCAGAGACAUACAGCCUUCUCAGGUGCGAGUGUAUGAGGAAGAUGCAGUCAUAAGCUUCGCCACACUCCUUGACAUUGAGGGCAACACUGAGGAGGCCAUCGCAAAGCUGGAGCAGCUCAACAGCAUCUCGUCUAACUGGCAUCUGGCGAAGAUCUAUCAGAGGCUGUCAGAGGAGGCAGGGAACGGGCUUGAGGAAACUCAGGGCAUGUGCACCAGCUUCCUCCUGAAGUUCAGGAAAUACUUGGCCAAGAUUUAUCAGGCCAAUGCAGAGGAUUUGGAGAAGAACGAGGUUCAUGACCUGCGUCAUAACUCUUCAGAUGCCACAGCAUCCUCAUAUAGGAUGUAUCGAGACAACUAUGCUGCAGAAGGACUUCAGGAAACGUUUCCUGCAGCGCAGACAUUCCACGGUGUUCCUCUCACUGUUGCUACUACAGGUCCCUCUGUGUACUACAACCAGUCUCCAGCAUAUAAUUCACAGUAUCUUCUGCGCACCGCUGCAAAUGUCACACCAACAAAGGGCCCAGUAUAUGGGAUGAAUCGUCUUCCUCCUCAGCAACAUAUGUAUGCCUACCAGCAAUCAACACACACCCCACCUCUCCAGUCAACACCCGCAUGCAUGUAUCCUCAAGAGCAAGUCUUCGGUCCUCCCAUCCGGUUUGAGUCACCAGCUACAUCCUUACUCUCCCCAUACAGUGAGGAGUAUUACGGUCACAAUGUCCCUCAGCCCACAGUCAAUCCAACAUUGCCAGAGCCUGGAUAUUUCACUAAGCCAUGUGCUGUUACAUCCACACAGCCAUCCAGGAGCACUGAAAGCAAGGCUAUCGACCCCAAGAUGAGUUUUGGGCCACAGUUCACAGGUGAACCUGCUAAGGUUCCCAAUUUUGGAGGAGUAGCUGCUGUGCCAACAACAACAGCAUCAACUGCAUUCAAGUUCAAAUCCAAUUUCAAAUCCAAUGAUGGCGAUUUCACCUUCUCCUCUGCUCAGGGGAAAAAUAGUGAAAGCCUCUUGGGACUUCUGACAUCAGAUAUUCCUCCCAAAGCAGAGGUGCCGUCAGAAACAAAACAUCAGACCCAAGACCAGCUGCCUAGCCAGAGCGGAGUCUUUACCUUUGGAAGUAAAAGUGCAGCAGGAUUUUCAUUCACUGAUGGUGCUCAGAACAAGAUGAGUAUUUUUGGCAACACCGACCAAAGAUAUAGCUUUACAAGUGGAACCAAGCCAACAUUAGGGAAUUCAGAGCCUCGGGAAGAGAAAAGUGGGGCAAGUGACAAUGAUAGCACCCAUGUAGAAGAAGAUGAGGAUGGGCCUCAUUUUGAGCCCAUUGUGCCUCUACCUGAUAAGGUCGACGUGAAAACUGGUGAGGAGGAGGAAGAGGAGAUGUUCUGCAAGAGAGCAAAACUCUUCCGAUUUGAUUCGGAGUCUAAAGAAUGGAAAGAGAGGGGCAUUGGCAGUAUCAAAAUCCUGAAGCACAAAACUUCCGGGAAGGUUCGUCUGUUGAUGAGGAGGGAGCAGGUUCUGAAAAUCUGCGCCAAUCACUAUAUCACUGCCGACAUGGCCCUCAAACCAAAUGCUGGAUCUGACAAAUCCUGGGUGUGGUACGCUAUGGACUAUGCAGAUGAAAUGCCGAGGACUGAGCAGUUGGCCAUUCGUUUUAAAACAGCAGACGAGGCGGCACUGUUUAAAGUUAAAUUUGAGGAGGCUCAAAAAUUCCUUUCUGAAUCCCCACAAAGCCAACAGGCUGAAAAGGAAAGCGAAAUUCCACAGCCUCAGGUUUCAUCCAAAGAAGUGGAUCUCAAAACCCGGUUUUCCAAGAAGGCGGGUGAAUGGGACUGUGACAUGUGCUGUGUAAGAAACGCUCCCACGUCUGCAGUAUGCGUGGCCUGCAGCAGUGCAGCUCCUUCUACAGCACAGGUCAAACCUGUAGAGGAACCCAAAGCCUCUGGCCCUGCGGAUCCUCCUGCCAAAUUGUUUUCUUUUGGACUUUCUGGAGAUUCUGCUAAGAACAACGCCAGCACUGAUAUCAGCUCGAAGGGCUUCAUUUUUGGAUCUCAAAUACCAGUUUCUUUUAAGUUUGGAUCGAAGGAUGCUGCCGCCACAUCUGCUGACUUUGGAGCUCAGGCUGAGAAGAAAACAAUUCAGUCUGAUGCACCACAACAAGAGAAAGUGUCAGCAGGUCCAGCAGUCCCAUUUGGCACUGGAUUUGGUGCUCAGUUUGCCAAUGGAUCGAAGGAUGCUGCCGUCACAUCUGCUGACUUUGUAGCUCAGGCUGAGAAAAAAACAAUUCAGUCUGAUGCACCACCACAAGAGAAAGUGUCAGCAGCUCCAGCAGUCCCAUUUGGCACUGGAUUUGGUGCUCAGUUUGCCAAAGGAUCGAAGGAUGCUGCCGUCACAUCUGCUGACUUUGUAGCUCAGGCUGAGAAAAAAACAAUUCAGUCUGAUGCACCACAACAAGAGAAAGUGUCAGCAGCUCCAGCAGUCCCAUUUGGCACUGGAUUUGGUGCUCAGUUUGCCAAGAAAGAGGGUCAGUGGGACUGUGACUCCUGCCUAGUGAGGAAUGAUGCCUCAGCAACUGAAUGCGUUUCUUGCCAAGCCCCCUGCAGCACUGAAAAAAGUAAAGCAACAUCACAUGGUGGGCUAGCUGCCAUGUUUGGUAAAAAAGAUGGACAGUGGGACUGUGACACUUGCCUGGUAAGAAAUGAAGGUUCGUCCAGCCAUUGUGUUUCAUGUCAGACAGCAAACCCAAAUAUGAAAAACACGACCUCUGCUGCACCGUCAAGUUCCUCUUUUUCCUUCAGUUUUGGUAGUUCUAGCAGCCAACCUGCUGCGACAGGAUUUAAAGCCAAUUUCAAUCCAGGCCCUGCUUUUCAAUUCGGCACAAGUCAAGAUAAAGCCUCCUCAGAAGGCUUCAAGUUUGAGUCCUCCACAACUGAGGCUGAAAAGUCAUCAGGCAGUUCCAGUUUUUCGUUCUCCAUGUUGGCGCCUGUUGGCGGAUUUAAGUUUGGCAUUGCAGAAUCUGAGGCAAAACCAUCAGAUGAACAGUCCCAAAAUGGAUCUGCAUCUGACCUCCUCAAAAAUAUUGCUGAGCUUCAUAAAGAGAAAGAGAAAGAAAAAGAGGCAGCCCCAAGUACCCCAGAACAGUCUGUAGACGCUGAUAGUCAUGAUAAUAAUCCCCUCUUUACUGGAAAGCCUAACACCUUUAGUUUCGCUGACUUGGCAAAGUCACAAGGCAGUUUUCAGUUUGGCCAGAAUGAUCCCGCUUUCAAAGGCUUUGCAGGGGCUGGCGAGCAGCUCUUUACAGGAGUUAAUUCCAGCUCCAAGGCCGACACCUCUGUCGAUCAAGAUGAUGAAAUGUACAAAACCGAUGAGAAUGACGAUAUUCAGUUUGAGCCCGUUGUUCAGAUGCCGGAGAAGGUCGACCUUGUUACAGGCGAAGAAGAUGAGAAAGUCUUGUAUUCACAGCGUGUCAAACUCUUCAGAUUUGAUACGGAAACAAACCAAUGGAAAGAAAGAGGAGUCGGCAACCUUAAACUGCUCAAGAAUAGCCAGAACGGGAGACUUCGAGUUCUUAUGAGGAGAGAGCAGGUGUUUAAAGUGUGUGCUAAUCAUUGGAUCACAACCACAAUGAACUUAAAGCCUCUCUCUGGCUCGGAUCGAGCCUGGAUGUGGAUGGCCAGUGACUUCUCAGAUGGAGAUGCCAAAUUAGAACAACUUGCGGCAAAAUUUAAAACACCUGAGCUUGCAGAAGAGUUCAAGCUUAAAUUCGAGGAGUGUCAGCGACUGCUUUUGGAUAUUCCUUUGCAGACGCCUCACAAGCUCGUGAACAUUGGCAGAACGGCCCAGCUUAUAAAGCAAGCUGAAGAAAUGAAAUCUGGGCUUAAGGACCUCAAAUCAUUCUUGACUUGCCAAAACAAGGAUGACAAAAGUUGCGAUACAAGUCAUAGUACCUCUGCAGUUGUAGGUAAGCUCGACUCUGAGAGCACCGCACCCACUUUAGAAUGGGAUAAUUACGAUUUUCGUGAGGAAGUGCACGAGGACUAUGCCAGCUCCUCUGUGUGCAAUACUCCUUUGCAGCCUGAUCCAGUAGCUAAAAAUUUAUUCCGCUUUGGCGAAUCGUCCACAGGCUUCAGUUUCAGUUUUCAGCCUAUUCUCAGUCCCUCUAAGUCUCCAUCUAAGCUAAACCAGAGCCAGGCUUCUGUUGGCACAGACGAUGAGCAAGAAGCGUCGCAUGAGGAAGAGCGAGAUGGUCAGUACUUUGAGCCUGUUGUGCCAUUGCCUGAUCUUGUUGAAGUCUCAACAGGAGAGGAGAACGAGCAAGUCCUUUUCAGUCACCGGGCCAAAUUAUACCGCUAUGAUAAAGAUCUCAGUCAGUGGAAUGUCUCACACGGCUCCGGGGGGUUCUUCAACAAAAUGGCAAAAAACUUUAACACACAACAUUAUUUUUUAGGUUUGGAUUUUAGGCUUUUCAAAAAUAAUCCUAUGGCUUUUUGGACCUGCACAUCAGCCAACCAGUUUGAAGCCCAAGUUUCCUCUCCGUCAGCGCAGAAGAGCAGCGCUCAGGACGUGUGUGAUGAUGAUAUCAAGAUCGUAUUUGAGCUUAAACCAACAAUAGAGCAAGCAGAGCUGGCUGCCAGUCUGAUGCUUCCUCCUACGUUCUUCUGUUACAAAAACCAUCCAGGAUACGUCAGCGACGAUGACGGCGAUGAUGAGGAUUUUGAGAGCGCAGUGAGGGAUCUGAAGGGGAAGCUGUAUGCGGAUGGAGCUGAUGGAGCAUCUGAUCACGACUCGGAGGUCAGUCUGGUGUGGGAGAAGCGGCCGACUGCAGACGAGGAGCAGCGAGCCAGACGCCUCCUGCUGCCUCCCACCUUUCUGUGCGGCGUCAGCAGCGACUCCGAGCCAGAGGCAGAGAAACCAGACGACUUCAGCACUGAGCUCCAGAAGCUGCAGCAGCAGCAGGUGACGAGUGUUUCUGAUCUCCACAUCGCUGUGAGUCCGGUCUGCAGCACAGCACCAGCUCUGGACACACGGGUGAAGCCCGAGCCUUCCCAUGAUGCAGCAGCUGUGGACACACAGGUGAAGCCAGAGACUUCCCAUGAUGCAGCAGAAGAGGAGCAGCGAGCCAGACGCCUCCUGCUGCCUCCCACCUUCCUGUGUGGCGUCAGCAGCGACUCCAAGCCGGAGGCAGAGAAACCAGACAACUUCAGCACUGAGCUCCAGAAGCUGCAGCAGCAGGUGACGAGUGUUUCUGAUCUUCUCAUCGCUGUGAGUCCGGUCUGCAGCACAGCACCAGCUCUGGACACACGGGUGAAGCCAGAGACUUCCCAUGAUGCAGCAGAAGAGGAGCAGCGAGCCAGACGCCUCCUGCUGCCUCCCACCUUCCUGUGUGGCGUCAGCAGCGACUCCAAGCCGGAGGCAGAGAAACCAGACAACUUCAGCACUGAGCUCCAGAAGCUGCAGCAGCAGGUGACGAGUGUUUCUGAUCUUCUCAUCGCUGUGAGUCCGGUCUGCAGCACAGCACCAGCUCUGGACACACAGGUGAAGCCCGAGCCUUCCCAUGAUGCAGCAGCUGUGGACACGAGCAGCGGCGGAGCAGAAGAGCGUCAGACUGACGGCAGCCGUCCCAUCGACCUCUCCACCAAGAGAAGCAGUGAGAGCGACUCCAGCACAGCUACAGGUCUGUCUUUUGGAUUCGCAUCUGUGGGUGGGUUUUCUUUUGAAGAACUCUCAAAGACUUCGGGGGAAUUUGCAUUUGGCAAAAAAGAUGAUCAUUUCUCAUGGUCAGGUGUAGGAACCACAGUCUUUAGAAGUACAGGGACACAAAAGGAAGAAGAAAAAACAAGCCAUGAAACAGAAGAGGAGGGCCGUGAUGAAGAGACGACUCGUAAUGAGGAGAUCCACUUUGAGCCGAUCGUGUCUCUGCCUGAGGUGGAGGUGAGGUCUGGUGAGGAGGACGAGGAGAUCCUGUUCAGAGAAAGAGCCAAACUUUACCGCUGGGACCGCAAGCUCAACCAGUGGAAGGAGCGCGGCGUGGGAGACCUCAAGAUCCUCUUCCACCCGCUGAAGAAGAGCUACCGCCUGCUGAUGAGACGCGAGCAGGUGCUCAGAGUCUGCGCCAACCACAGCAUCAGCCCGAGCAUCGAGCUCAAGCCCAUGAACACCUCGGCUAACUCUCUGGUGUGGACCGCCACAGACUACGCAGAGGGAGACGGGAAAGUGGAGCAGCUGGCGGCCAAAUUCAAGACUCCAGAGCUGGCGGAGUCCUUCACACGAGCCUUCACAGACUGCCAGAGCCGCAUGUGUCAGACUGACGCCGCUCAGACGUCUGCCGCCGAGGCGCUGUCUCGAGACUCCAACCCUGUGGUGUUCUUCGACAUCACCGUAGAUGACGAGCGUGCUGGGAGAGUCGUCAUGGAGCUCUUCGCUCACAUCCUGCCCAGAACGGCGGAGAACUUCCGGGCUCUGUGUACGGGAGAGAUGGGCUUCGGUUACCGCCAGUCCAUCUUCCACAGGAUCAUCCCGGACUUCAUGUGUCAGGGCGGUGAUAUCACCAGCCAGGAUGGGACGGGAGGGAAGUCCAUCUACGGAGGGAAGUUUGAGGACGAGAGCUUCGAGGUGAGGCACACGGGGCCGGGGCUGCUGUCCAUGGCCAACCGCGGCAGAGACACCAACAACUCACAGUUCUUCAUCACCCUCAAGAAAGCAGAGCACUUGGACUUCAAGCACGUAGCCUUCGGAUUCGUCAAAGAUGGCAUGGAUGUGGUGAGGAGAAUCGGAGAGCUGGGCACUAAAGACGGGAAACCCACGGAAACCAUCACCAUCUCAGACUGUGGACAGGUUUUAUGAGCUGUUCUACACAAACUACUGUUCAUCAUGUUUGAGACCGUGUUCCCUGAACUCUUGUGUAAAUCAGAAAUUGUAUACGCAGUGGUUUUAUUUUUGUCCUGUCUGUGUGUUAAUAAAGUGGACGGCACUAGUUGACAAUAAAAUUAAUGCAAAAAAAAGGAAAAACUUUAUUUUAUUACAGAGCUUGUUUACCCCAGAGUUUCCUCACAUUUACAGGGGCGUAAUUGGGCAGAAUGUGAAUCUUUUGAAGACUUUCUUUGUUAAAUGUGUGUAUUUGGUUGAAGAUCACUUCACUGACACGAGGUCCCACACAAACACAGCCAUGUUUCUUUCCACUUUGAACAUAAAAUAAACUUCUGACAACUUGAGUUUCA